AUGACCCAAGAGAUCGCUGAAACAAGUCACGGCCAUCACAUCGUUGGUGGUAAAACCGCCUUUAAGGAUUAUGUUGGAAAGUUUGCUCAUAUUGAAGAUCCAUUAGAAAGAAGAAGAUUGGCUUUAGAAGAAAUCGAUAACGCCGGUUUUGGCUGGACUCAAAUCAAAAUGAUUAUGAUUGCUGGUGUCGGUUUCAUGACGGAUUCUUAUGAUAUCUUUGCCAUUAACUUGGGUAUCACUAUUAUGUCAUAUGUCUGGUGGAAGGGUUCUAUGCCUUCUUCUACCUCUACUCUUUUAAAGGUUUCCACAUCUGUUGGUACCGUUAUUGGUCAAGUCUCCUUCGGUAUCAUGGCCGAUAAAAUUGGUAGAAAGAAGAUUUACGGUACUGAAUUGAUCAUUAUGAUCUUUGCUUGUGUUUUCCAAUGUACUUUAGGUCAAUCACCAGCUAUUAACUUUGUUGCCAUUCUUGCCACUUUUAGAAUUCUUAUGGGUAUUGGUAUUGGUGGUGAUUAUCCACUUUCCUCAAUUAUCUCUUCUGAAUUCUCAACCACCAAAUGGAGAGGUGCCAUCAUGUCUGCUGUUUUCUCUAACCAAGGUUUGGGUCAAUUGUUGGCUGGUAUCGUUGCCAUGAUUUUGGUUGCUGGCUACAAGGAUGAUUUAAUUAUUGCCAACUCUGGUGCUGAAUGUACUGGUAAAUGUAUCAAGGCUUGUGACCAAAUGUGGAGAGUCUUAAUUGGUUUCGGUUGUGUUCCUGGUUGUAUUGCUUUGUACUACCGUUUGACCAUUGCUGAAUCUCCUCGUUACUCUCUUGAUGUUACUCAACAUGAUGAUCUCCAAAAGGUUGCUGACGCUGAAGCCAUCAUUGACGCUCAAGCUGCUGAUAUCACCCCACCAAAGGCAUCUUUCAAGGAGUUUGUUAGACACUUUGGUCAAUGGAAAUAUGGUAAGAUCUUAAUUGGUACUGCUGGUUCUUGGUUCAACUUAGAUGUUGCUUACUACGGUUUAGGUUUGAACUCUGCCAUUAUCUUGCAAACUAUUGGUUACGCCAAGUCUAAGAAUGUCUACCACAACUUGUACAACACUUCUGCUGGUAACUUGAUUUUGAUUUGUGCUGGUUCCUUGCCAGGUUACUGGUUCACUGCUGCUACUGUUGAUGUACUCGGUCGUAAGACUAUUCAAUUGGGUUCUUUUAUGAUCUUGACUAUUUUAUUCUGUAUCAUUGGUUUUGCUUACCACAAGUUGUCAUCUCAUGCUUUAUUGGCAUUGUACGUCUUGGCUCAAUUCUUCCAAAACUUUGGUCCUAACACCACUACUUUUAUUGUUCCAGGUGAAGUUUUCCCAACCAGAUACAGAUCUUCUGCUCACGGUAUUUCUGCAGCUUGUGGUAAGGUUGGUGCUAUCAUUGCUCAAACUUGUAUUGGUACUUUGAUUAACCACGGUUGUUCUGCUACUAACAAGAACUGUUUCUUGCCUCAUGUUAUGGAAAUCUUUGCCUUGUUCAUGUUGUUGGGCUGUUUCACCACCUUGUUGAUUCCUGAAACCAAGAGAAUGACUUUAGAAGAAAUUUGUGAAAAGUACCACGAUGAAAUUGACUCUACCAAGUUAUCUAAGGAAAGAUAUGUUCAAGAAGAAUCUUACGAACAAGAUUCCAAUGAACUCAAGCAAUAG